GAUUUCUUGUAAAAAAAAAAAAGAGUGGUGAAGUUCAUGUUUUAUUAAUAUUAAUAGUUAAAAUAAUAGUUAAUUCCUUAAAUUAAGUGAAGUUUUAUAUGUUAGUCUUUUGACUGAUGUAGAAUUUAUGCGACGAUUGAAAUAUGACUUCUUACUAGAGGAUUUUGCAAGCACGAUGUCAAAGCGUAACAGAUUAUCUAACCAGAGAGUUUGUUGCUUCUGUGGAUUAUCACAGAAUAAUGAAUUGGAAUUUGGUAAAUUUUAUGAAGAUGGCGAAAUUCUUACGCAUUAUUACUGUUUGCUUUUAUCAUCAAACAUGCAACAAAGGGGAAAGGAUGAUCAAGGCAUUUUAGGAUUUUUAAAAACAGACAUAAAAAAGGAAAUUCUCAGGGGAAAAAGAUUGGUAUGUUCAUAUUGUAAAAAACCCGGUGCUACUUUGGGAUGUUGUAAUGUAAAAUGUAAAAAAAUAUUUCAUUAUCCUUGUGGACUAAGGGCUGGAACCUUAAAUCAGUUUUUUGGUCAAUUUAGGUCAUAUUGUAUAAAACAUAGACCAAAGCAAAAAAUAGAUAUUCAGGUUAAAGCUGAAUUAGCAAAAACCAAGGAAGUAGUAUGUUGUAUAUGUUAUGAAGAAGUAGAUCCUUAUGAUACAGUUGGUACAAUGUGGGCUCCAUGUUGUAAAAAGAAUACAUGGUUCCAUAGAAAAUGUGUUCAGCAAUUGGCUAUGAGUGCUGGAUAUUUUUUCAAGUGUCCUUUAUGCAAUGAUAAAAGAUCAUUUCAAAAGGCAAUGCUAGAAUUUGGUAUUUUUAUUCCAAGUCAAGAUGCUUCUUGGGAACUUGUCCCUAAUGCAUUUCAAGAACUUUUAUAUAGACAUGAUCAAUGUGAUGCUUCAAUAUGCCUAUGCCCUAAAGGUAGAAAAUAUACAAGUUUUAAUGCGAAGUGGGAGCUAGCUCUUUGUCGAAUUUGUGGUUCACAAGGAAUUCAUAUGGCUUGUGGACAACUUAAAUGGGCUAAUCCUAUUUGGGAAUGUAAAGAGUGUAUUUCUAUCCUAGGUAAAUCUGAAGAAACUGCUAGUUCAAGCACAAGAAAUAUACCACAGACUAUUUCUGACUCUGAAGAUUCUGACAGUGAUAUUUCUGUUGGUAAAGAUUCACCUGUACCAUUUACAACAAGUUCGUCAGUUAUAAACUCUACGUCACAAACGCCAAUUAUUAAACAACGUCCUGGUCCUCGAUUUUUCAAAUUAAGACAACUUAAAACAAUUAAAGAAAUGCAGAACAAUAACAAGCAUAAAACCAGUGAAAACGUUAAUAUCAUAUUGAAUAUGGAACAGCAUAGUCUACAGUCUACAAGUAGCAAAGAAAUCUUUAUGAAUGUAUCAAAUUCAGUAACAGAUUCAACGUCACAUAAUUAUGGAGAUAAUUUCAAUUCUACAAUUCAACAUUCCAAAUCACAAUUGGAUAAACGAGUUGAUAACAUUACAAUUGAUAGCGAUAAUUACAUUACAGAGGCCACUAAUUUUAUUUCAUUACGAAAUAUGUUUAUUAAGGAUAAUACAAAUGAAAAAAAUUAUUUAUCUUCACUUGAAAGCAAUAAAAUUGAAUCUAACAAAAGUAGCAUUAUACAUGAUUCUAGUCCAAAAAUAGAAAAGCUAUUGCAAGAAAGCAAUUCAAGUCAAGUCGUUACUAAUAAUCUUUUAAUGAGUAAUUUAAAUGUAACUGAAUCUGAUAAUUUAAAGAAAUUUAAUUUGCAGAAUGAAACAAAUGAUGUUUUGAGUGAUAUAAUACAAUUAGAUAAUGAAAAGAAAUACAAUUAUACUGAUUCUAUUUCAGAAACUAAAAUUACAAACAUAAUUUCAUUGGAAUCUAACAAAUCUAAGAAUAUAUUAUUUAUUGAACAAGAACAAAAAAUUCAUGAUCAAACAUUACAAAGCAGCAAUGAAUUAAUAAGUAGUAAUUCAGUAAUACAACCUCCAUGUUGUCAGAGUAAUGUUUUAAAAUCAAAUUUGAAAAGAAAUUAUAACGAAACUACAUCAAUCCCAAUAGUUUCAUGUAUAAAUGAAACUAAAAGAUUGAGAAAAACUGGUAGUAUACAGUCAUCACACAUGUCUUUAGAUGCUUUUACAGAUGUUGGAUAUAAUAAAAAUAAUUUACAAAUUAAUAAUCAUGAUGAUAGAAUUUCUGUAAAUGAAUUUCAUUUGCAGAAUAAAAAAUCACAUAUUCAAAUUAAUCAAAAUUCUAAUGCAGAUAAAGAUAUUCUACAUUCUAUAAAUGCAUAUAAUAUAUUAAAUAAUAAACUUGAUACGAAUAAAGAAAAAGUUAGUGCAUAUAUAAAUAUUGCAAAUGAAACAAAUAAAACAGCUAGAAAUAUUGAAGUUAACAAUAUAAAAGAUUAUGCUGAGGAUGCAAGCACCAGUUUUAUUAUUGAAUCAAGUAACAUUGUCACAAAUAAUACAAAAAUUAAUUGUGCUGAAAAAUGUAUUAAAUUAGAUCAUUCAAAGUUAAAAAAAUCACAAAUACCAGAACAAAGGAAAGCUCAAAACGAUAAUGAAAUGGUCAUUCCAAAACAUAGAACUUCAAAUAAUAAAUAUCACAAUCUGUGUUGGCAAAACAAAAGUGAAACCAUAAACAGUGAUUGUCCUCAAUUAAUACCAGAAUAUGUGUGCUUACGUGAUCUUAAGUUUCGUGUACAUAAUGUGGAUAAUCUACAGGUGAUUCUAUAUGAUAAAUAUUCUGUAAAUAUUAACAUGGACACUACUGUAAAGAAGAAUACUACAUUUGAUACACCAGUAAAAAAGCAUGAUACACCAAAAAAAAUUGAACAAAUUUUUAAAACACAGAAUGAUACUUUCCCAAACUUCAUAUCUGGAAAUAUUUAUGAUAAUGACAAAAUUACAACCAUAUUUAUUAAUGAACAAUCUGAAAAUGAUCAAGAUGAUAUAAAAGAAAAUCUAGAUCCAAUAUUAACAAUUCCUUGUAAAAAUCCAACAGAUGAUUUACUAACUAACACAACAUUAUCUACAAAUAAUUCUAAUGUUUCUGUAAAUGAUAAUCAAAGUGAGAAUAGAAAUUUAAUUUAUCCUAGAUCUAAAAUAGAUGGACAAAGUUAUAAAACUAUUAAUUUAAGUGAUGAUACUAAAAACAAUAAUGAUGCCUUCACAAGUUGUAAUCAUAAUUAUGAUGAAAAUAUUAAUGAUAUCGAACAGAAUGUAAACUUUGAUAAUAUGAUACAGCAUACGCAUGUAAUACACAAUAUGGAAGAAAGCUUGAAAAUUGAUUCUCACGAUUCAACUAAAUUAGUACAACGUAUAUUGUUUCGUAAAAAUUAUACAAAUAACAAAUCUGAAGAUAGGAAUGAAAAAGAUUUUAAAGUAGCAUAAAAGACAGUUGUUCAUAUUUCUCUACAAUUUAAUCAUGAAUAAGAAUAUGACUUUAUUUAAAGUUUGAUUAUGGAAAUAAAUUUUAAAUAUUAUAAUUACAAAAAUUGUAAACAAAUACAAAUUAUAAAAUAAAGUUGAUU